CAAAACGCAGCCAUUUCAUUUUUCUACCGCUUGUCCGUUUCGAACAAGCUAACUCGUUUUUGUUAUAAAGUAUAGUUUAUUUUAAGUAGGAAGUAAGCAAAUAUCUUUCUGCAGUUUUACGGGCUUAUUGCGUCAUCGUGUUUAGUUUUUUUUUUUUUUAAAGUUUCAAACUAUAGUUUGCAUGAUGAAGAAGGUGAGCAAAGCCAGGCAGUCCACGCGUGGGUCAGAGGAGUGUGGAGUCUGGCUGGACACCGUGCAGAUGAAAGGGAAAGCUCAGCGGAAAAGAGAAAGAGUUCGCCCCAUUUCCACGCUGCUAAACCCCCUGAUGGAGAGCAACUACAGUCUGGCUGUGGCUCUCAACUUCACUCAGACCAAGGCACACAUGCCAGAGACCAAGCAGAGCUCCAUAGUCUCCUUCUUCUCGCCUCUGCACCCAACUGCGAAGAGCGGCCAGCAGCCGGCAGAGUCCGCCAGUAAAGGCAAGAGGAUUGAGGAUCAGAGCGCUGCAGGAGAACCUGCUCCUGAGGACCAAGGCGGCGUGGUGCGUGGUCAGGAGGAGGCGGAGCCAGCAGAAGAACACUUCCUGGGGGUGGACAAGGUCAAAGAUCACGAGGACAAAGAAAACAGCCCUUUAGCGUGGUCUUCCUCUCCAAGUGGCCCACGGUCUCGUCCCAGACCCCUGUGGAGGGCAAGGUCACCUCUGAAGGAGAACAUCCUGUCCGUGAGCAGGACUCCAGUGAGGAGGUGUCAGCAUGGCGACGAGGAAGAGGAGGAGGAUCUGGCCAUGUUGUUCACGCAGGACUCAGACGGCUUUCGGGUGAUCGCACACCGAGGUGUGCAGGGUCCUAGUCCACUUGAAGAUGGCUGCAGGUCUUCCUUUGAGGACCUUCUCUUCACGCAGGACUCUCAGGGGAACACGGUGAUGAAACACUGAGUCUCAUUUUAUUUCUCUAAACUAUUCUUCAUUAAAGCUUGGGAAAAUACAUCUUGUCUCUCGAGC